AUGAAUAUAAAAUUUUUAAACAUAAAUAGUAUAAUUUGGGGGUAUACUAGGAGCGCACUGUGUUACAUGCCUUUUGGUAUACACUAUACAUCUCAAAAAUUCAAUUCAAUCUGUGCAAUUACUGAAUACACAUUAAAUGUGAUCGGCUGCUUACUAAUUACUUAUCCUAAAUCUACAAAUAAAGGUCUAUGGGCCUGUAAUUUGUCAGUCAUAAUUUUCUAG